AGUGGCGCGCGCAGGACUGGCGGGGCUGGGCGGUGUCGGGCGCUCUGGGUCUGGGUUGCGCUGAGCCGCACGAGCUCAGAGGCUCGCCCUCUGCGGGGACGGGGCGGAAGGCGGUGCUGCGGGCCGGCACAGCCGGUGCGGGUGCGGGAGGUGGGCGUGGGUAGAGGGCGGCGGAGGUACAGACCCUGCGAGGGCGCGGAGAGUGCUAGGCGUGCUGAGGCUCGGCAGUGUGCGCCCCGGGGCGGCCGAUGCCCCCAGCGCUCCGCACUCCGCUGCCGCAACCGGGCCGCAUCCUGACCGGGCGCCGCGCCGCGCAGCCGCAGCCGGGUCACAAUGCUGCUUGGGGCAUCUCUGGUGGGGGCACUACUGUUCUCCAAGCUGGUGCUGAAACUGCCCUGGACCCAGGUGGGAUUCUCCCUGUUGCUCCUGUACUUGGGGUCUGGCGGCUGGCGCUUCGUCCGGGUCUUCAUCAAGACCAUCAGGCGAGAUGUCUUUGGCGGCAUGGUGCUUCUGAAGGUGAAGACAAAGGUCAGACGGUGCCUUCGGGAGCGGAAGACAGUGCCCUUGUUGUUUGCCUCAGUGGUACGGCGCCACCCCGACAAGACAGCCCUGAUUUUCGAGGGCACAGACACUCACUGGACCUUCCGCCAGCUGGAUGACUACUCCAGUAGUGUGGCCAACUUCUUGCAGGCCCGGGGCCUGGCCUCAGGCGAUGUAGUUGCUCUUUUUAUGGAGAACCGGAAUGAGUUUGUGGGUUUGUGGCUGGGCAUGGCCAAGCUGGGCGUGGAGGCGGCUCUCAUCAACACCAACCUUAGACGCGAUGCCCUGCGCCACUGUCUUGACACCUCAAAGGCACGAGCCCUUAUCUUUGGCAGCGAGAUGGCCUCAGCUGUCUCUGAGAUCCAUGCUAGCCUGGACCCCUCCCUCAGCCUCUUCUGCUCUGGUUCCUGGGAGCCCAGCACAGUGCCCGCCAACACAGAGCAUCUGGACCCUCUACUGGAAGAUACCCCGAAGCACCUGCCCAGUCACCCUGACAAGGGCUUUACAGAUAAGCUCUUCUAUGUCUACACGUCGGGCACCACAGGGCUACCCAAAGCUGCCAUUGUGGUGCACAGCAGGUAUUACCGUAUGGCUGCCCUGGUGUACUAUGGAUUCCGCAUGCGGCCUGACGACAUUGUCUAUGACUGCCUUCCCCUCUACCACUCAGCAGGAAACAUCGUGGGCGUCGGCCAGUGCCUGCUCCACGGCAUGACCGUGGUGAUCCGAAAGAAGUUCUCAGCCUCCCGGUUCUGGGAUGAUUGCAUCAAGUACAACUGCACAAUUGUACAGUACAUUGGCGAGCUUUGCCGCUACCUCCUGAACCAGCCACCCCGUGAGGCUGAGUCUCAGCACAAGGUACGCAUGGCACUGGGCAAUGGCCUUCGGCAGUCCAUCUGGACCGACUUCUCCAGCCGUUUCCACAUCCCCCAAGUGGCCGAAUUCUAUGGGGCCACUGAGUGCAACUGUAGCCUGGGCAACUUUGACAGCCAGGUGGGGGCCUGUGGCUUCAAUAGCCGCAUCCUGUCCUUUGUGUACCCCAUCCGGUUGGUUCGAGUCAAUGAGGACACCAUGGAACUGAUCAGGGGACCCGAUGGCGUCUGCAUUCCCUGUCAACCAGGCCAACCAGGCCAGCUAGUGGGUCGCAUCAUCCAGCAGGACCCCCUGCGCCGUUUUGAUGGUUACCUCAACCAGGGUGCCAAUAACAAGAAGAUUGCUAGUGAUGUCUUCAAGAAAGGGGACCAAGCCUACCUCACCGGUGAUGUGCUGGUGAUGGAUGAGCUGGGCUACCUAUACUUCCGAGACCGCACAGGGGACACAUUCCGCUGGAAAGGGGAGAAUGUAUCCACCACUGAAGUGGAAGGCACACUCAGCCGCCUGCUGGAUAUGGCUGACGUGGCAGUGUAUGGUGUGGAGGUGCCAGGAACUGAGGGCCGAGCAGGAAUGGCUGCUGUGGCAAGCCCCACGAGCAACUGUGACCUAAAGAGUUUUGCCCAGACCUUGGAAAAGGAGUUGCCUCUGUAUGCCCGCCCCAUCUUCCUGCGCUUCCUGCCUGAGCUGCACAAAACAGGGACCUUCAAGUUCCAGAAGACAGAGCUGCGGAAAGAGGGCUUCGACCCAGCUGUUGUGAGAGACCCGCUGUUCUAUCUGGAUGCCCGGAAGGGCUGCUAUGUUGCACUGGACCAAGAGGCCUAUACCCGCAUCCAGGCAGGCGAGGAGAAGCUGUGAUUUUUCCCUACAUCCCUCUGAGGGCCAAAGGAUGCUGGAUCCAGAGCCCCAGCUUCUGCCUCAGAGGGUCCUGGGCAAUGCCAGACCAAAGCUAGCAGGGCCUGCACCUCCGCCCCAGGUGCUGACCUCUCCCUCCCAAACUGCCAAGUGACUCACUGCCGCCUCCCCAACCCUCCUGAGGCUUUCUGUGAAAGUCUCAUGUCCAAGCUCUGUCUUCUGGUCCUGGCGAGGCCUCUGGGCCCCAGGCUUUUGGACAGGCCCCUUUAGGGUAAUGUCUUCAGUCCAACAGGGCAGGGAGUAGGAGAGGGCCACCAAGCUCCAAGGGUCUACAAGGAAGGGAGCUUACAAAUGAGACCAAGGCAAAAGCCUCCAGACUCAGGAAGCCAAGUAGCCAGAGAUGAUAGUGGCCAGCCAUCUGGUGUCCAGAGAGGAUCCUGGUCCAGAGCUGCCAAAGUGUCACCUAGCCCUGCUUGCAUCUCUGGGGAAAGGAGGACAGCAUGUGGCCACUGGGCCCCUGUAUCAAGUCAUGAUCACACUCCUUGUUUCUCCAGGUUCCCUGCGUCCUUGUCUUGGGGAGGGCGGGGUGGGGGAGUUCUGUCUGUCUCUCAGAUGCAGCCUUCCUGCCUGUCUGUGAGUCUGUGUUGCCUUCUCCACCUCAGUCCUAGCCUGACUGGGUGGAGCAGGCAUGAGGGGGAGGUUCGGGCCAAUAAACUCUGCCUCGACUCCUCUUA